CAACGAGCGCGGCGACAGACGGCGUCGCCACAGCAGAAAACGCGGCGAGUGCCGGCCAGCCCAACCAAGUGCCGCGCGUGCAGCGCCACCGCAAGCUUCCGGCGGUAUCCGAUGCCUCAUGCCAAUCCGCGAUCGAGAGGAGAAUGCAAAUCUGCGUCUCAUACUACAACGCGGGUGACAUGGACCAAUAUAGGCGUUGCGUGGACUCCAUUAACGCGUGGGGUCCGGGCUGCUCUGGCCGGGCGCCACAG